UUACCACCAUUUUCGAAACUAAACCCAAGUAUUAUCCCCAACCCCAUCUAGGAAAGGCCACACUUUUGCCUGCCGAUUUUGCAGACUAAGCUCUGCGCAGCAGCUGGGCAAGGCGAUGAUGCCAAGUUGCGGAAUUCGACGCUUAAACUCCCGUCCAUGGCUUCACAACUUUUGCACGACGGCGUCUCCGUCUUUCUCAUCCGCAUUUUCCAUGUCCUCUCCUCCCCCGCCUCAAACAUCUGAAGGUACGGGACAGACGCUGCCAAAGAAGUCUCAGUCCUAUUUUCCUAAGAAAGGACAAACAUUGGAGCUGGCUUGCGAGAGCUUGGCUUUCAAAGGGAAAGGUCUUUGUAAAGUAGAAGAAAGUGGGUUCGUUGUCAUGUGCGACAGAGCUCUACCCGGAGAGCGUUUCCUCGGCCGUGUCACUCGCAAGAAGGAUAACUAUGCCGAGGUAACCAAAAUAAAGACUAUAUCGCCACAUUGGGACUCAGUGGAAGCCCCUUGUGAAUAUGCUUCAUACUGUGGAGGUUGUAAAACACAGAAUCUGUUGUAUGAGGCACAAGUUAGGGCGAAGGAGCAACAAGUUCAUGAGCUGGUACGACAUGUUGGGAAGGUUCCUGAUAAAGAAUUGGUUGAAUUUAACGUAAUGAAGCCAAUCAUUCCAUGCGAUAUUCAGUUUCAUUACAGGAACAAGAUGGAAUUUUCAUUUGGAAAUCAUGAAUGGCUGCCAGAACCCCCAGAAGAUAAACAAAGAACUAAUAGCUAUGCUCUGGGAUUGCAUGCUCCUGGAUUCUUCGAUAAAGUUCUGAAUGUCAACAAUUGCUUGCUGCAAAGUGAGCCUGCUAACAAGGUUCUCAAAGUUAUUCAAGAUUGUUGGAGAGACCCAGAAUUGAGCAUUACUCCAUAUGACGUGUAUUCUCAUAUGGGGUUUCUUAAGCACUUAAUGCUAAGAACAGGCAGGGAUGUUGAUAGCCUGCUGCCUGAAAUUAUGGUUAAUUUUGUGACAUCGGAAUACAAGCCAGAGCUUUUGAAGCCCCUCGUAGAGAAAAUUAAAAGCAUUCCUGAAGUGGUGAGCGUUGUAAACAAUGUAAAUUCUUCUGUUAGUAAUACAUCAGUUGGAGAGGAAGAAUAUGUAUUGUUCGGAAAAUCUUCAAUCACAGAAAUGUUAAGGGGGCUAACAUUUCAAAUUUCAGCAAAUUCCUUCUUCCAGACAAAUUCAUUCCAGGCAGAGGUUCUUUAUGGUGUUGUUGAAGAUUAUGCUGGUCUAAGAGGAGACAAAUCAGAAAUUGUUCUCGACCUUUUCUGUGGCACAGGCACAAUCGGCUUGACACUUGCCAAAAGAGUCAAACAUGUUUAUGGCUAUGAAGUUGUUCCUCAAGCUGUUGCUGAUGCUCAUAGGAAUGCUAAACUGAACAACAUCUCAAAUGCUACAUUUGUCCAGGGUGAUCUGAAUAAGAUUGAUGAGAAUUUUGGGAAGAAUUUUCCCAAGCCUGAUAUUGUCAUAACAGAUCCAAACAGACCUGGUAUGCACAUGAAGUUGAUUAUGUUUUUAUUGAAGUUGCAAGCCCCUCGAAUCAUUUAUGUAUCGUGCAACCCAGCAACCUGUGCACGUGACCUGGAUUAUUUAUGUCAUGGCGUGGAAGGAAAAAAUGUGAAAGGAUGCUAUAACUUAACGAAGCUACAGCCAGUAGACAUGUUCCCUCAUACCCCUCACAUUGAGUGUGUUUGCCUCCUGGAGCUUAGUGAUCAAGAACAUUAGGGUUAUUACGGGAAUUUGAGAGUUUUAGAGAAUCGACGAAGAGUUUGCAAGUAUUUAAUUCUCGGCCUUAUGAUCAUGUUCUUUGUUUUUGGUUAGCUUGCUUGUCAAGGCCAAUGAACCCGAUGAAUUCAAGGAGUGUUAAUUAUAGAUAUAUUCUUGUGAGUGUUCUACAUCACAAUCAAUUGACAAUGAUUUUAUUUUUUUGACGAGAAAACAAAGGGUCUUUGAGAUUGAGCUGCUCUAAGACUAGAACACUUGUAAGUGUCAUGGCUUCAAUCACUUGCACUUGGAGCUAUGGAAGGAGAAAGGGCAUGGUAGAAAUAAGUCAAUGAAUUUUUAUAUUUGUAGUGUUUUGAAUGUUAAUUUGCUAACAGAGAGAUGAUAGCCAUGUAUUCAUAUUAUUGAAACUUCAUUUUCAAUGUCAAUUUUAAGAUUGGAUUUGCUGAC